AUGUCAAUGCCCGAGUCCUGCUGUACCUGCGCAACUCUCCUUUCCGACGUCAAAAUUCCCUACGACCCAGAUUCCGAAAAAGCCCUCCUCCACAGUCGACGCCUCGAAUGCUGCUCCCGCCAAAUCUGCGCUCCAUGCCAGUAUAGAUAUCCUCGGUUCCGAUCAUAUUGUCCGUUCUGCCAGAUUUCAUCGGGUCCGUCGUCCCUACCCAAAGAUGGGCUACGAUUACCUCCCUCAUAUACCACAUCUACACAUACAUUGUCCCGCAGAAACAGAGCAGAGACUCCGCCCCCUUCAUACGACGACUCGAUCUCGGUAACUCCACGCCAUCGUAUGCUCUCUGAUCAACCCAGCGGCAACCCACCUCCAGACACCGAAGAUACCGUGCACUUCAUAUCGUCCGAAGACAAUCUGCAGUCUUUAUCACUAUCUUACAAAGUCCCCAUCCCCGUCCUGAGACAACACAAUAACCUAUACUCCGACUCGUUACUCGCUGCACGCAAAUGGAUAUUGAUUCCGAAAUCGCACUACGAGGGGCCAUCGCUCUCGACACCGCCGGACCCGGAAGAUGAGCAACGGAAACUCAAAUUGCGCAGGUGGAUGGUCGCGACGAAAUGCGCCGAGUAUAAUGUGGCAACGCUCUAUUUGAAGGGCAGUGAUUAUGAUUUGGACCUGGCUGUCGAAGCAUUCAGGGCUGAUGAGGAGUGGGAACGAAAUCAUCCAAUGAAGGGUAAGGGGAAAGAUACUGAGGCGGAAAGGCGGAGAGUAGGGCGCUUUGGAAGAGGAGGAAGUAUAUCCGGCCAACUGUCCUAA